AUGUGCACUUGGUCCUACCUUCACCACCACCACGUUCAGCCGUGCCCUCGGCCGAUUGACAAUGUCUUCCAUUGGGAAUUUUGCAUGGACGCUGGAGGAGAUUCGGAUGGCAAUUUUCAGACUCCCUGCGAUAAAGUCACUUCCAAUGCGGUCCAGAAUGUUGAUUUUGAUAAUCCUUGUGCAACUGGAGGCUGUCUGAUUUCUCCUGAUUGCAGUGCCGGCGGCUGCCGUUUGCAAGAGUUGAACGGCUAUUGGAACUGUUGUCAAUGCAGCAGAGGAAGUAACACACUGCGCUGGUGUCGACACAAAAUGAAGAAGAGUCCAGACACUUUCUGCUACCAUCGAGUCUGCAGAAAUUGUACGGCGGACACUAACACCUGA